UAAUAUCCAUACCCUACCCGAUUAAGCUCUUCCAAUGAAAAACCGGGUAUUACCGACUUAUUAUUAACGCAAACGCCACUAUAUAAAAUCCUAGCUGCUCCAGAUUUUUCUUUUCUUCACUCUAUUCCUUUCCUUUUUCUAAGAUUAUUUUUAUCGAUCACUCUCUCUCUCACAAUGGCUGACACCACCGACACCGCCACCGCCACCACGGCAGCGCCACCGCCUCAGGAAAACACCACGGUUGCGGCUGCUGCUGCUGCUCCUGCUCCGCCGCCGCCACGGGAAAUCCUUGUUCCAAAGACGGAGACGAAACGGUGGGGCGACGAAGAAGACGACGAGCCAUUGGAGGACACCGCUACUUCGUCAACUUCGCAGCCGGACAAAGUCGCCGCCGAACUCAACGUCGAGGCCUUGACCAUCGACGACACCAAAAGCACCGUCAACAAGUACCUCGAUGAACCCCAAGACGCUCACAUCACUGCGGUAACUGUGAAUGAUACCCCAUAUACAUCUGCAAGUACUUUCGAGGACUUGAAUCUGUCGAAGGAGCUUCUGAAGGGUUUAUAUAUUGAGAUGAAAUUCCAGAAGCCAAGUAAAAUUCAAGCUAUUAGUUUGCCCAUGAUUUUGACUCCUCCCCAUAAGGAUUUGAUAGCCCAGGCGCAUAAUGGUUCUGGAAAAACUACUUGUUUUGUGCUUGGGAUGUUGAGUCGCAUUGAUCUGAAUCUAAAGGCUCCUCAGGCCCUUUGCGUCUGCCCCACGAGAGAGUUGGCUUUGCAGAAUUUGGAAGUACUUCGGAAGAUGGGGAAAUACACAGAGAUAACUUCUGAGUGUCUUGUGCCAAUGGACAAAGCAAAUUAUGUUCCAAUAUCAAGAGUACCUCCAUUGUCAGCUCAAAUCGUAAUUGGAACUCCUGGGACAAUAAGGAAAUACAUAUUGAAUGGGAAAUUGGGCCUAUCUUAUAUUAAGAUUCUUGUUUUUGAUGAGGCAGAUCUCAUGCUAGACGAUGGCGGCUUUAAAGAUGAUUCAUUGAGGAUAAAGAAGGACAUUGAAAAAAAGAGUUCUCACUGUCAGGUUGUACUGUUUUCUGCUACAUUUAAUGAAACCGUUAAAAAUUUCAUUUCAAGGGUUGUCAAAGAUUACAAUCAACUUUAUGUCAAGAAAGAGGAACUAUCUUUAGAGUCUGUGAAGCAGUACAAGGUGCGUUGUCCUGAUGAACGUGCCAAGGUUCUAGUGAUUAGAGACAGAAUAUUUGAAUUGGCAGAGAACUUGGGUCAGACAAUAAUAUUUGUACGUACAAGAAAUAAUGCGGCAAUGUUGCAUAAGGCACUUGCUGAGCUUGGUUACACAGUUACUACCGUUCAAGGUGCUGCUACUCCAGAAGAUAGAGACAAAAUAAUCCAAGAGUUCAAAAAUAAUUUGACUAAAGUUCUUAUAUCAACUGAUUUACUUUCCAGAGGCUUUGACCAGCAACAGGUUAAUUUGGUUAUCAACUACGAUCUUCCGGUGAAUCAUAACUACCAAUCAGAGCCUGAUUAUGAGGUGUACCUGCAUAGGAUUGGUAGGGCAGGGCGUUUUGGCCGCAAGGGAGCUGUGUUUAACUUGCUGUGCAGUGACAGGGAUGAGAUGAUCAUGACAAAAAUUGAGGGAUAUUUUGGCACCCACAUCGCAGAGGUCAAUUCUUGGGAUCGUGAUGAAGACUUCAACAAUGCCCUUAAGGAAGCUGGAUUGUUGUUUGAUUCAUAGAUGGAGCUAGAGGAGCAACCAACUCACAGCAUUGUCGAAGAGUUUGAUUUAAUUUUGUCAUUGGCUUUCCGUUUGUUUGAGUAUCCUCCUUUAUGGUUGUCUUUCCAGAAAUUUAGUCAUUUUAUGUGUAAAUUGAUGUAAUAGUACUUUAUACAUUUUUUGGUCCACAAAUAUAGUUCGUGUUGCUCAAUGUAAUAGUACUUUUUAGUA